CCAAGAAGUAUUGCUGUUUUGAACCAUCCAGAGACCAAAGAUGACUACCAGCAAAUACUUUCUAGUGUUGCUCCUUGGAGUGGUGCUUCUAAGCACUGCCUCAAUGGCUGAUCACCAUGAGUCUCCCAAAUAUGAGCGCAAACCUCCUAAGGGAGAAAAGCCACCCCCAAAACACAAGCCACCAACUCCACUCGAUAGGGAAGAAAAGCCAUUCCCAGAACACAAACCACCAAGCCGAGGUAAUGAACCUCCAAAGGGUAGGGGAGAGAAGCCACCACCACAUGAUCAUCACCCUGGACACCUUCUAUUGGAGUCUUCUUCCAUUGAUGGCAAACCUCCUCCCAAGGGAGCAAAGCCACCACCAAAACAUAAGCCACCAACCCCAGUUGAAGACGGAGAGAGAAAACCAUUCCCAGAACACAAGCCACCAAAGGGUAAAGGAGAGAAGCCGCCACCAAAGCACAAGCCACCAACCCCACUUGAAGCUGGAGAGAGAAAACCAUUCCCAGAACACAAGCCACCAAAGGGUAAAGGAGAGAAGCCACCACACAAACCACCAACUGCCAACUGAAUGCAUAGCUAAAUGUUUAGAAAAUAAGAGCUACAACUUAUGUUAUCUUUCAUGUCAGUCACUGUUCUAUACGUGGAACAGUUACUAGUAGCAGUGAGCUAUGUUCAUGUUGUGUACUCUACCCGUUUUAGUGUAUGUAGUUUGCUCUGUUGCUUAUGAGUAUAUUGACAUGCAGUUAUGCUUCCUGGUA